AUGAGAGACGGUCGGAUCCGGAUCACCACUUCGCACCGCCUGCACCACCCAAUUUACAAUGACCCGGAAUACAAACCCACGCCGUCUCGAGGACUGACACUGAUGAAUGCCCAGGCCCACUACGCUCGCAUGCUCAGCCGAGAGGUUUCGGAGCGUAAGCAAGUAGGAGACAUGGAGAGUCUGUUUCACUCGGAGAAGCGGAGAAGAGAGGAGGAACAGAUGUAA